GAAACAAAAAAACCCCGUAUUACGGAUUCGUGUAACUCAUUGCGACACAAGGAGGCACACGUGGAAGUGCCAUGGGCAUUGGGCCCCUCGCCCCCCACGUGGCCUUUACGACACCAACCGCGCGCGGCCGUAAAGCGUCGCGCGGCGGUCACGUGACGCGGCAUGUGCGGAGGGGAAACGGCGGAUAUCGCGAGUAGCAGCAGCAGCUCCAACAACAACAACAGAAGCAGCCACAACAACAACAACAGAAGCAGCCACAACAACAACAAGAACAGCAGCAUCAGCCCCAACAACAACAACAGCAGCCACAACAACAACAGUGGCGGCAGAGGGCUGCUGGUCUUCUCGAGUUUAAACGACGCCUCGAGUGUGGAGGGUGAAGUUGUCUUCUUCACGCGAGGCAGAGAAGGAAGACGGUGGGGAGGAGGAGGAGGCCGGCCUCUCUCUCUCUUCAUGCCAUGUGGACGCGACCCGAGGAAGCGUCGACAGGCAGCGCCCUAUGGAGCACGGAGCGCCACAACGCCUUCUUCAGCCUGCAGAAGCGACGCGCUCUGGCGGGGCUGCUGGCCGGGACGCUGGACACUGCGUCUAGCGGGAAAGCGGCCCCCUACCGCAUCCUCUACCAGAGCCACUCUCAGCCCUGCUGGUCCAUAGCCACAGGCACGAGCAAGGAGGAGGUAGAAGAGCACUGGCAGUGGCUGGAGGUCAACCUGCUGCACAUCCUGCCCGUGUUUGAGAGCGACGGGGACAUCACCGACUUUGUCCUUGGGAAAAUAAAGGGGAUAAUUGCGGAGGAGAUGAAGGGCGAGGGAGACGGUGCCGAGCGCACGCGCGGGGAGGCGCUCGUCCGCUUCCGCAAGUUCUUUGCGGCGCCCAGCACCGAGCUGCUCGUAGCCGCCGUGUCGUGCAGCUACUGGAAGGGACGCGUGCCGCGCCAGGGCUGGCUCUACCUCAGCGUCAACCACGCCUGCUUCUACUCCGUGCUGCUCGGCAAGGAAGCCAAGCUUGCGAUCCCGUGGGUGGACGUGGUGCGUCUGGAGAAGAAAGGCUCUGCCCCAUUCCCGGAGGCCGUCGUGCUGGCGACGCGGCACGUGCAGCACAACUUCUCAAUGUUCCUCAACGUGGCCGAGACGCACGUGCUCAUGGAGCGGCUGGCCGACGCCGCCGUGCGCCGCCUGCUCGACGGGGAGCGCGUGGAGCUGGGGGACGACGAGCGCGACGAUGCGCCAGCAACGUCUCCAGCAGCGGCGCCGUCAGGUGCCGUCGGCGACAGCCCCGGCAAGCGCGGCGGGGCCACGGCGCUAAAACGUGAGCUGAUCGGCCGGGCGCAGAGCGCUCGCUUCAGGGCGCAGUUCCGCCUCCCGCGGUCGGAGCGGCUGGAGGUGGAGGGCGACUGCACCGUGUGGCUGCCCUCGGACAAGUCUCACGUGUCCGGCCGCCUGCACGCUUCGCAGAGCUACAUCUGCUUCGCCAGCCGCGACGACAGCGUCUGCACCAUCGUCGUGCCUUUCCUGGAGGUGGUCGUCAUAGAGGCCGCCACCAGCUCCAGCGUGCUGCCCAACGCGCUGGCUGUGAGCACGCAGAACCGCCUUACAUUCCUGUUCGCUCACGUGCGUGAGCGCGACUCGCUGCUGCUGCACCUGCGGCAGGCGCUCGUGCGAGCCCGGCUGCGGAGCGUCGUGCGUGAGCGCUGCGACGACGACGACCACUGCAAAGCCGUCUGGGAGGUAAUUCCGUGCGAGAGCGACAGCGACAGCCGCGACGAGGAGGCGGGAGGGCCCGAGCCACGUGGGUCCGAGAAAACCAAUGGCGCCGUGAGCUUCACAGGGACACAGCCGCUCCUGAACGUCUUCUAUCAAGGUGGCUUCGAGGAGCCCAACAUAAAACUGUCGAAGGAGGUGUCAAAGGAGGAGAUGUGGCGGAAGCACUUCCAGCAGUUUGGCCGCGCGACGUGCAUGUACGUGACGGAGCACACACGCCACCUCGUCAUGCAGGGCAUCCCCGUGCGUCUCCGCCGAGAGCUCUGGCUGCUCUUCUCAGGGGCGGUGCACGACAUGGGCACGAAUCCCGGGCAUUACGCGGAGCUGGUGGAGCGCUCGCUGGGCCGCGCCAGCAUCGCCACGGAGGAGAUUGAGCGCGACCUCCACCGCUCGCUGCCCGAGCACCCGGCCUUCCAGCACCCGCUGGGCAUCGACGCCCUGCGCCGCGUGCUCACGGCCUACGCGCACCGCAACCCGCGCAUCGGAUACUGCCAGGCCAUGAACAUUGUGACGUCAGCUCUGCUCAUCUUUGCGAGUGAGGAGGAGGCUUUCUGGCUGCUGGUGGCUCUGUGUGAGCGGCUGCUGCCGGACUACUACAACAACCGCGUGGUCGGUGCCCUCAUCGACCAGGGCGUGUUCGAGGAGCUCAUCGCCGAGUUCCUCCCCGCGCUGCACGAACGCCUUCAGGAGCUGGGCUUCAUCGCCACCACGUCGCUCUCGUGGUUCCUCACGCUCUUCCUGUCGGUGCUGCCGCUCGAGAGCGCCGCGUGCGUGCUCGACUGUUUCAUGCUGGACGGCGCGCGCGUCCUCUUCCAGCUGGCGCUCGCCGUCCUGCACGCCAACGCCGAGCCGCUGCUCGCCUGCCGCGACGACGGCGAGGCCAUGAUGCUGCUCGGACGGUACCUGGACAGCGUGGUGAACGUGGACAGCAUCCUGCCGUGCGUGCCCAGCAUGCACGCCUCGGCCAACGUCGAAGAGCCCCUGGCCCCCAUGGAGAUCUCGGACCUCCUGCACACCGCCUACGAGAGGUUUGGCAGCAUCAAAUCGGAGCUGAUGGAACAGAUGCGUUUCAGGCAGAGGCUCAAGGUGAUCCAGUAUCUGGAGGACACCACCAAGCGCAACGUGGUGAGGGCAAUCUCAACUGGGCCCACUGGCUUCACAGCAAAAGUGCUUGAAGAUCUGUUUGAUUUGUUCAAGCUCGUUCACGUGCAGAGCGUCUACUGGGCCACCGACGGGGGCCGCGCCGCGCUGGGCCGCCACGACCCGAGCCUGCCGUACAUGCAGCAGUACCGCGUGUGCCGCCAGCAGUUCCUCCGUCUCUCGGCGCACCUUUCGCCGUGGGCGUGCGGCGAGCACUCGGCCUGCCUCUUCUCGCGCGUUUUCUCCGCGAUGGACGUCGCUCGCACCGGCCUCAUCAACUUCCGCGACUUCGUGCUGUGGCUCGGUGUGCUUUACAACGGAGACUUGACUGAGAAGCUGCGAAUGCUGUACCGACUGCACCUCAUCGAAGAUUCGGAUGCUGCGGAUCAUAGUGACGCGGAGGAUGGGUUCAUCAACAUGGACGCACAGAACAACCCUGCUGCAGACAGGAGAGCGAGCCAGAAGGAGGCGGUGGACUACAGACAAAUGCUGCGCAAGUGGGAGGAGGAGAAGGAGGAGAGGGAGAAGUCCCUGAAGGAGUUACCAAAAAUGAACCAGGGUCAAUUCAUCCAGCUGUGCAAGACGCUUUACAACAUGUUCAGCCAGGAGCCCAACGAGCAGGAACUGUACCAGGCCAUCGCCAUGGUGGCCAACCUGCUGCUCAACAUCGGCGAGGCUGGGCGGCGUGUGGGACCGGCCUCGCAGUCACGACCCGCCGCCUCGCCAGGAACCGCCCCGCAUCCGGACCCUCCCAAUUCAAGGAUGAGCCAGACAGAGACUGACGCUUCGAGGACCGACCAGGCAGGAUCUAGCGAGGCACAACCCGCUGAGCUAAAUGCCACAUGCUCGAGGACGACGCAGCCAGGGACCAGCUGUUCGAGGACGACGCAGGCAAACCUGGGGGAUGCAGCGUCACCCAGUCCAGGGUCACAUGGGACGGGACAGCCGCCCCCCAAUGUGGAGGCUUUGACAAAGUGUGAGACGGAUGCAGACGAGCCCGAAGACCCCAAUACGCCGAGUCUGGCGGCUUCUUCCACCUCCUCAUCCUCCUCCUCUACAUCCACCUCCUCCGUACCAUCCUCGUCCUCCACCUCAUCAUUCGUGUCCCCGGCCUCUUCACCCUCCACGACGUCCCCCUAUUCCUCGCGCGGCCCCUCCUCGUCGUCGUCCGUGUCGUCAUCGUUGGCGAGCGGCGAGGUUGCCUCCUGGUCCAUCUCGUGCGAGCAGUUCCUGGCGUCGCUGCUCACGGAGCCCGCGCUCGUGGCCUUCUUCGAGAGGCCCUGCGACGUCGAGGCAAAGAUCCGCGCCGCCCAGGCCGCCUCCACCAUGGGCAGCAGCUCGUCCUCGCUCGGAGAGCCGCCCUCGUCCCCUCCCUGACGACGUCGUUAAACCCCCAUCCCCCCCCCCGCCCCCCCCCAUGACCUCAUGCGCGCCGCACACACUUUUGCGACGCUAAACCCGUGGCCUUUCUCACCCGGGGAUCUCGCGAGCCGUGCGACCUCGCGCGCGUGACCGCGAGAACAGCUAUUCCCCUGGUUGUUGUUGUGGUGGUGGUGUCAUGGAGUUGUUAUUGUUGAACACCAAACUGCGCGAGCGACAAUCGCAAAGCACAAUCGCUGUUUGUUGAUGCACCGCUAUGAGCCGAUGAAUGUAAAUAGUCCAAUGGAUUGGGAAAUGGCUGCAAUUUGUUUCUCGAAUAAUUAUACCAAUUAUAAUUGCAGUUGGGUGUGAGUGGGUCAGGAAGCUUGAAUCGCAUUUGCAUGGAUGUGAGUUCAAAGCCUGAUCCGACGCCAAAAGCCCUUCUUCCCAUGUCAAAUUAUUACCACGUUGUGGGAAGUCAUUAAUGGUCAUCCUAUGGAUGGAAUGGCUCCCACUGUGGGAAUGUGAAAUUUCCACCAUUGGCUCAAGGAUGACAAUGGAGUUUGAGCCCUCUACCCCUGCGCUUUUAAGAGCAGAGAUUAUUGAUUUGGAGCGACGGUAAAAUUCACGCGUAAAGUCACGUAAAGUGAUUGUGAAGGGGUUUUAAGUGAAAACUUGCUGCGUUGCAAGUUUUUUAUUUAGCAGCGCUCCCAAUGCUCCUACUGAUUGAGGUGUGGCACGUGAAAAUUGGCAUUGCUGUCCAGUUUGGGUACGAUGCUCCGCCCUGCCCUAUUGGGCUUGGUUUUUGCUUCGAGUCCUGCUGGUUCCGCCGGGCAGCUUAAAAUGCAGCAAGUUGGAACGGCGGAGGAACGACUGGUGCAUCUGCCAGGCAUCUGAAGUCGGUCGGCCCGUGGCAUCCCAUCAGCGAGGCUUCGACACUGAACGCGUGGCACAGGCGCCGUGGUGACGUCGCCGCCACUUAGUGGCGAAUGGCAGCUCUUGCUGCUGACGACCAGUGAGGUAUCGCAUUUUGCAUGCAAAGUGAUGCAUUAAUUGUGCACAAGCACAGUCGUAUUUAUUUUUCUGCUACAUUUGGAAAGUGGGAGAAAAAGCACUGCACAUUUUUGAUAAAUGUGCCAAUGUUAUUUCACCUUUCUUAAGGUUGGUCAACACAUUUUUUUUAAAUAUAUAAAAGGCCAAAACAACGUUAUUCUGAGCACUAACAAAUGUUAGCAUGCGUCUUUCAUUCAGGUUAGGGCACGAGCCCGUUGUUUCAUGCUAUGCAUAAACACGCACUUAUAACUAGUAUCUCAAGUACGUGCCAGGACUGCUCUUUUUGAAGUCGAAUUUGUGCACUCGUUAGAAACUCGACGUGCGGGUCUGACACUGGAAAAAGGUUUUUCAGCUUUUCCAACCAGGAAUUGUCUUAACUUUGUUAAAAUGUUUAACUCGUUUCUCGAGUCUAGUUUUGUGUUUAUUGCUGUAGUGGUGAAACUUUUAGGUGGUAAUGUCGAAAACUAGUCUGUUGGUAGAUUUUUAUUGAAGUUUGGUGCGAUUAGUUAUUAUUUAUGUUUGAGCCUGCAGUUAGGUUUUAUUGAGGCCGAUGGGUUUUGUUUAAGCUCGGCCUAUCUUGGUAGCCUUUACUGGUACACUUGUCUUAAGGAAAGUGUUUUCACUGAGGAAAUAUACUGUGCUUGGAUACUUUUUAUAUCAUAUACAUAACCUCUUCGACACCAUCAAGGGACGAGGGAAAUGUAGGUUUAAGUUUAGAAUACGCAUCAAAACUUAAGUGGGUCUUUCAUGUUUAAGUUAAUUCAGAAUUCUAGUACGCAUAAGGCAUGGACAACUUAAUCAGAUCCCUUCGCUCCCAUCAGCAACAAUCAUUCAUAUGGGCAUACUAUAAGUGGGUCCUUUGGUGGAGACGAGGGUUGGUGGACCAUAUAUUUGUGAAACUUUACAUUCAACUGGGUUGCAAGAUGGUACAGCAACUCGAUGCAUGAACCUGUUAAUACCUCUCCCUUAUGCUUGGAGUUUCUCCAGCUACUGGUUCCACUUCAGACACUUGCUACAAUGGAGUUAGCCAAACAUGCAAAUGCAGGGCCCUCCUGAAAUCUUUUGGAGACGCCAUAUGGUGUUUGUUUCUGGAUAAACCUGGAAGCAGUACAACAAUGUACUGUAUACUACAAUCCCUGGAGUAAUUUAUUGCAGUUGUAACCGUGCAUGGUGGCAUCGGUAAUUGUACAUUCCGUAUCUCGGGAGCUGAUGGGCUGAGCAAGGCCCGCGAUGAACCUUUAUCGGUCCCUGAACUUGGAGAUUACUAGUCGGCACAACUCUUCAUCUUUACAUUGCGAUGCACUUAGCAAGAUGGAAGUAACUUUUGGUUUUCUGUUCAUGCACAAUUGCUUGCCAAAACCUAGCCUGAAAAAUAUUUUUUAAAGAUUGAGAUGGUCUUCAUUACGUAAGUUUAAAUUUCGAUUUAAAGCUUUCGUGACUGCAGGGAUUCAUCUUGGUUCUUUCGGUAAAGUCACGUAGAAUGGACGCUGUCUUUCUGACAGACCUGUUCUUCACCUGAGGACGGCUGCUUGCGUUGUGGCCGAAACGUCGUGAGAAUUAUUGUUUUAUUUUUAUUUCCAUUCUACGUGACUUUACCGAAAGAACCAAGAAGAUGAUACGCAAGUUUAAUUCAGGGGCCCUUGCCUGUUUGCAUUUCUCGGUGAUGUAGUUCACACGGCAAAUGGCACCUCUGCACAUAUGGCUCGACUGUGUUGCAGAGGCCACCACUAGAACUUGGCAAGCUGCAUGUGCUUGCACAGCCGACCUCGAGUUAGUUUCAUGUCAAGUGUUGGUUAUUGCAAACGGCAACAUUUUAGUAUACUUGCUGGUGAGGUAUACAGAUAGCAAACCAUUAUGCUGCCAGAUUCAACUUGUUUUUGAUGUUGCGGUCAAUACUGUUAUCAUUCUUUCAGUUUUGAAAUUCAAUUUAAAUUGCUAUAAAUUUUAAAUAUUUUGCAGUGUUCCUCUACUGUAGUGGCUUUAAAUGCAUUGCUGUAGUCCAUGCUAUCGUCCUGUUCAAUAUGCCUAUCCUUUGGUUUAGGGUUGACACCUGUCCUGGGGUUAAGACCUGGAGAUUUGGGGAAUUUGCAUUUCAAUUGCACGUGGCAGGAAUCGAUUUGUACUAAGGUCUGGUACCAUUGUAUUCAACUUUACUUCAGUAUACUGUGGUUUCGAUAGGCCCAUGCCAAGUUUUGUUAAAAGGUGGCAACGUCAUCGGUUGCCAUUUAUACCCAUUUUAACCACAUGUGUUCACCUCAACCCCAAUUUCACUUGUGGCUCAUUGUGGAAUCCAUAAAAACUCAGCAGUGGUUAUUACAGAAACAUUUGUAAAGGUGAUCACUUAAACUGUAUCGAGACUUGUAAAAGAAAUCCAAUAGACUGAAAGCACAGCAGUAAGAGCAUUUCUGUAGGUCAUCUUAUUGCAUUAACUUUCAGUUGGAAAUUUCAAAUUUUCCCUUUACAUGCUGUUUAAAUGUAUUCAAUAACAGUGUAGAUUUCUUCCAGUUUCUGAACAUUUCAAGCCAUACCUUAAUGUAAAGCAUCCAAAUGUGUGCUUAGGGUAAAGUACAUCUUGACCAAGUGUUAAUCGUAUUGAAAGUUGGGCUAAUGAACAAUAUACACUAUUCAGCGACCUUUGUUCCAUUACUGAAGGGAUUGUAAAUAGGUUUUUAAAUUGGUUUGACUUAGGUAGGUAGGGUUAAGACUGCAUUUAAAGUUUUGUGAAUUUCCAGUGUGCACAGCUAUUUUCCAUUUUGUAUAGCUUGUACUUUGUUCAAUAAGUAAAAAAAAACUGCUUUAGAUUUAUUUUUAAUGUGCAAUCCUGUCAGAGCUUUAUCCAGUCCCUUGCCUUGAUGUUAUUAAAAUGACUUUGUAUUUA